UUGUGAAGCCACACUGAAUGACGCCGCGCCACAUCCGGUCAGCGCGCUGAGAAUAAAAGCCCGAUGGCGUCACUUUCCUUCUGGUAAAAUCUAGGCCUCACCAUGGAGACAGUAUCAUUACUGGAAAUGAAAGAAAAAAGAUGUCACCAAGCCGAAAGAAUCAGCUCAAGGUACAGUAAGGAGAGCUUGCUCCUGCAAAUCGGGCAGAUGAUGCUGGAGGAAGAGUCGCUGGAGGCUGAGCAGGAGAAGAUAAAAUAUAUGGAGGAAAAAUGUCCUCCACUCUGCAUCACAGGAUGCAUGGAGGAACUCCAGGACCUGUGCCGGAAUCUUCACAAGCAGAUUGAUUUUGUGGAUGAGGAGCGAUAUGAUAUGGAGCUCAAAGUGGCAAAGUCCAGGAAAGAAAUCGAUGACCUGAAGAUGAAAGUCCAAGACCUGAACGGGAAGUUUAAGAAGCCCGUUUUGAAGAAGGUGCGGAUGUCGGCUGAUGCCAUGCUUGCAGCUCUGCUUGGGUCCAAACACAAAGUGUCCAUGGACCUAAGAGCCAACCUGAAGCAGGUCAAAAAGGAGGUGAAAGAAGAGGAGAAACAGACAAGUGACUGGAGGAAGAACAUUGAAGAUAAAGCUGGAAUGGACGGAAGAAAGAAAAUGUUUGAGACCGAAGCCUGAAUGCAUCAGCAGAGCAUCACCGUGUUUUGUGUUGUUUACUGUAUCAAAUAUCACAAGAUGUUAUGUGCCCAUAUUGUUGUGAAAUUCUAUAAAUGAUAGCAACA